CUUUAGAAUGGAUUACAUUGCGAAUGAGUCACUCUGAAAGAAAAUCGUAAACAAGACGAGAAUUUUUAGGAUUUCUGUUGAAAAUUGUGAUUUUUAUCGUUAUUACAGAGUGAUUUGGUUUCCUACGAAAUACAUUGGAAUAAUAAGCUCACCAAAUUCCCAGACGAGACCCGCCAGCACAAAGGGACACCCCAAAAUGCAGGAAAACCGCCCGGAGCUGUACGAGGAGGUCAAGCUGUACCGGCACGCCCGCGAGCGCGAAAAGUACGACAACAUGGCGGAUCUGUUCGCGCUCAUGUCCACGCUGCAGAACCUGGAAAAGGCGUACAUCCGGGACUGCGUGACGCCGCAAGAGUACACGGCCGCCUGCUCGAAGCUGCUCGUCCAGUACAAGGUCGCGUUCAAGCUGGUCCAGGGCGACGAGUACCCGUCGAUCGAAACGUUCGUCAAAAAGUUCCGCCUGGACUGCCCGGCCGCGCUGGAGCGAAUUCGCGAAGAUCGCCCCAUCACGAUUCGGGACGACAAGGGCAACACGAGCAAGUGCAUCGCCGACAUCGUGUCCAUGUUCAUCACGCUGAUGGACAAACUGCGGCUGGACAUUCGGGCGAUGGACGAGCUGCAGCCCGAGUUGCGCGAUCUGCUGGACACGAUGAACCGGCUGUCGCUCAUUCCGGACAGCUUCGAGGGCAAGGAGAAGGUCGGAACGUGGCUGGGAACGCUCAACUCGAUGCAGGUCUCGGACGAGCUGUCCGAGGCGCAGGUGCGGCAGCUGCUGUUUGAUCUGGAAUCGUCGUACGCGGCGUUUAACAAUUUGCUGCAUUCGACAUAAAUUGCGAAACGGAACCGGGACCGAGAGACAGAGAUAGAGAGAUUGGAGGAAUUGUUUUGCGCUGGGCUGCCAUGCUAGAGAUUGUUUUACGGAAAUCGAGAUACACUAUAGUUGGGACUUUGAAGGAAUCGCGUAUAGAUACAUAUUAUAACUAUUAUAUUUUACAGUGCUAGAAAUAUAUCGUUUGUCGGAUAAGAAAGUCGUA